UUACAGGGUCACAGAGCACCUCUCCAGGUGACGGAAGCAUAUGUAAACACCACAGAGAAUGCUACAUUAGCAGAUGAGGUUUCAUUUGCACCACCACCAUCCAAAGUUAGUACCUCACUUGAGCAGGGACAACAACCCCUUUACGAGAACUGUGACGAUGUUAAACCCAGCACAACAUCAAAGAAUUGGGAAGUGAGUAGGGAAUUUGUCCACAUAGUUAAAGACAUUGGAAAGGGUACUUUCUCUAAAGUUGCCAAAGGAGAGGCUUGGAAUAUUAAAGGCAUGAAGGGCUUGACUACGGUAGCAGUAAAAAUGCUGAAAGGUCGGUGAUAUUUUGAGAUUGAAACCUAUGAUUAGUAAAGCGCACUUUUUUAAUAAUAUGUUUGCUUAGUUAUUGCUUUUGUGUUUGGAUAGAAAACUCCCCGGAUUCUGACAAAGAGGACCUGCUGUCAGAACUGAAUUUGAUGAAACAGAUGAAACCUCAUCCUCACGUGAUCAAGCUACUGGGAUGCGUCACAGAAACUGGUAAAUGGAGUAAUUAUCUGCCACGCACUUUCACCCUAUAUAGACCUUAAUAGAGAGACCUGGUUAAAACCACAUUUUUUACUAUGAUUUUCUUGUUAUUUCUACAGUUGGCUAAGGCACCAGUGUUGUGUUUUAUUGUCUAAAAAACUUCUAAAAAAAUCUUUUAACAAAGUUUCAGAGAAAGGUGAUUACAAAAAAACGCAAAUCAUCUCAGUCGAAAACAACGAGUCUUUAGAGAUAAUUCUAUAACCAGCGAUCUACAAAUUGUAUAAUUAUGACGUUUUUAAAUAACUCAAAAAUGAAUCAUGUAUCAUACAAUCUUUUCUCACAGAGCCUUUACUCGUGCUCAUUGAGUAUAUUCCUUACGGUGAUCUAUUGGGGUUCCUAAGAAAGAGUCGGGGUCUCAAGGACACGUACUACAACAGUCCUGAUGUAAAGCCGCAAACAAAUCUUAGUUCACGGCAGCUUAUGCAAUUUGCCCAGCAGAUCGCUGAUGGAAUGAAUUAUCUCUCAUCUUGUAAGGUAACGACAAAGUGGUGGAUACAUGUAGGAAAUUAAAAAUGUUAAUGAUAAAGGCAAUGCUAAUUGUGCCAAAUUAAGGACAGCUAGUCACCGAGCAAUUUUUUUCUUUUAUAUUUUUCUGUCGCAAACAAAAAAAUAAUACAUCGAUUGAAAACUAUUGAAAGAAUUAUAGUAUAUAGGAUUAACAAGGGCUAUUGGAAGAUUCUGUUAGCACGUGGGACGAGUGUAAGAGUCACUGGAGUCAACAUUAAAAAAUACAUUUCACUAUGGAUUGCAAGUGCGGUUUCGUGUGAUUACUCAAGAUUCUCUUCAUUAUUAUACCUGUUUUAAUGUAAUUGACUUUAUCAAGAGAAAACUGAUUUUGUCAAAACUGAAUAGGUAUGAAUGAAAAAAAAAAUUGACUUGCUUAAUAUUAUUUUAUUUUUGGCCAGAUUAUCCAUCGCGACUUGGCAGCAAGAAAUGUCCUUGUAGGUGAAGGAGAAAACUGUAAGGUGACAGAUUUUGGAAUGGCGAGGGAUGUAAACCAAGAUGACAUUUACACAAAGAAAAGUCGGGUUAGAAUUUUUCAAAAGUUGCUCUAUAAAACAGUCUUUCGAGACGCAUUUCAUGACUGCUUCUGAGGAGAUGACGAAUGUUACACAUUUUCAAUUUUCUUAGGGGAUGAUAGGAAGGUGAUAGCUUACUUGUCUGGUGCUUGUCAUCUUAACCACUCGACUCAAUUAACGGUCGAUGAGCAUAAAAAGAGGGAAGGAUUUGCGAUGCAGAGAUCACAGCUUCAAGUAGACUUCCUCAAUCACCGAGUUCUAAUACUAAUUGCUUUUCAUUCAAAUUCUAAAACUGAAAACCAAUUUUUUUUCCAGCAGCUUAGUACGAAAACAGCUUUAUUGUGCUACAUGCGGUUUUUAUUCCAUGACAGCCUGGCACACUUGUCCUUGUUGUUGUUUUCUUUUGUAUUCUUUCUUUUUAACAUUUUUAUAAUGUUAUAUUCAUUUGCGAUCAAACAGGGUCGUCUGCCAGUAAAGUGGACUGCUCACGAGGCUUUACUUUAUGGAACAUAUACAACCCAGAGUGACGUGUAAGUGAGUCAUCGUUAAGCUACAAUUUUUGUAAAAACAUUCUGAAUAGUAGUUAUUACGUAUUAUCGUUUUAAAUUGUAAGAUACGAGCCCUUUAGCUUGCGAACAUCACUGUCAAGAGUCUAUGUUAAAGAGAAACCAAGGGAUCUAGGUUUGCUCUAAGAUGUUUUCAAUAUAAUGUUAAGCCAAGAAGCUAUACUCUCUUAAUUUUGCGUCUAUUUGUCUGUUUCAUGCUUUGCACUCAGUCGUUCCUCGGGAUUUUUGGAGAUAUUCGAGGCACAAGGGUUGAUGGGAAAGGCGAAAACACUGGAGCGCUCCCAUAGGUCGAGUCGAUCUAUAGCUCAGAAAAUGGUCCGACACGUCGAACCUUUCUUAUUGUGUUUUGCUUAAAUCCUAAGAUUAAAAGGGAAAAGAAUUAGGGAGCUACGAUUUCUUAACCACUACACAAAGCAAUCGCUACCAGCCUUAAUUUUAUAGCACUGCUGUGUAGUGUUAAACAGAAAAUAAAAGCUUACAAACUAUUAACCAUUCUAAGUCACUGCUUAACCCUAUAAUCACUUUACAUUAGUGCGAACCAUUAUCGCACCUUUAUUUUCUCACUCCUUUUUCCUGUUAAAUUGGUUACCAUUACGCUCUUUUAAUUUAGUUCUAAUUUUCUACUAAAUAUAUAUUAUAGAAUCUUGAAUGCAUUCUUCCCAUGUGCAUUUGCGUUUCGAAAACUUUCCCAUUUGUCGAGGGAAUUUUAGUAUAUCAUAUUUUAGUAUAUACACACUCAAUGAUCUUGGUGAUUCGAGCAAUCUGAUUGAUUCGCUAUCUUGGACUAUGACGUUUUAGUAUUUACCAAAUCAGUAAAUAGCAAUUUUCGCGCGUUAUGAUUGGCUGCCGUAACUCGGAAUAUCCUAGGUUAUUCCAUGUUUUGCGACCGGAGUCAAGAUGACGUCUCGUUUCGAGACAUUUUCGGAAGACGAAAUUUGUGCGAUAAAUGUAGCAGUAAUACAAACAAAUACUAAGAAGGCGACUUUGGCUUGUCGGUGUUCACUGGUAAGUAGAAAAUGAUUUUCAUGCCGAAUUUACAACAAAAUCGUAAAAUGCACUUGACAAAAUCCCCGAAAUGUUUGUAAAUUGUAAACAAAGAUCCUACCAAGUGACGUUUCUAAUUUACAAAAAGCUACUUUUUUUCAGUUUUAUCCAACUGCAUGAUUCUGUAAACACUAAAACAACUGUAUAUCCCCCUCAGGGUCGGUAAACAGCGCUUCGCGUCUCGGUAUAUCACCACACUAGGCGGUGAACAUAAAGCAAAACAAAAUCACUGUCGUGAACUGGGUGUCUUGCCAAAGUUUCAGAGUAAGAACUUUUUGAAAAUACAAGAAUAUCUUAGUGUUGAUGAUUUUGAAGGUAAGAAAAGACUUCGUGGUGUUUAAACAGCGUUUAUUACAAUUAUCUUUGAUCUCUUUCGAUCUCCUCGAUCGUAGCCGCUGUUGACAGCAAUUACAAGAAGCGGCAAAAAACUUUCUCUUUUACGGUGAGUUGACAGAACGCUUUCUUUUCAAAAGGGGUAGUAAUUUAACCUUUGGACGUUUUCUUUCAAACAAUUGAUGCUAAAGUCUACAAAAAGAUUAUUUAGAAACUAUGAUUGUAGAAGAUACUGUAAGCUUAAAGAUUUAAGGUGGCUUGACUGGAUUUUUUGGGGUUGAUACCUCCUUAAAGAUGAAAAUUUCUUAUGGUCUGGGUUUUAUUGCAAUCGGAGUCGCCAUGGCAACGUAAUGACGCCAUUACGUUUUUCAUGUAUCUUUGUGUUUCUCUGUUCCAGGAGUUUUUUGAAGAAAUCGCUCAAGGGAUUAUGUACCUGCUAUAAUUGCCUCCAUUAUGGCAAAGUUUGAACAAAUUCUAUGAGAGCGUUUUCGAAAUAUUUUGAAAUGUAGUUUUAAGAAUAAUAAAAACAGUGAAAUAGCAUGCUAGCUACACAGUUCGCUAAUAUUUUAAGAAAAUGAUAAGCUUUGGGAAGGAGGCUUCAUCUCAUAGUGGUUUGAUUCCAUUGAAAACAGCUUACAAAAAAAGAGGGGAAUUGCUCUGAACGAUGGCGAGUAAGAAGAAUUUCAUUAACUUGCAUUCAGGUGCUUUUGAUACAGUUUUUGGACGUAAUUUGGUCCAUGCCUAAAAAUUUCGCAUUUUUCCAAAAACCGCGCGAUAGAUUUUUUUAUAAAUUCGACAAUCCGAGAUCAAUUGUCAAGAAAUAUUCCCUGCAAGUUUGAAGAACAUUGAAAACAAGGAAGGCUUUUAAAUAGGGCCUCAAAUAUAACCAGUUUUCCUCCCAGAUUUUGUGUUUACAAGUGAGGGUCCUCAUUAUUCACUGGCAUUGUUUUCAAGUUUCAUAUGCACGUGCACAACUAGCAAAAAGAUAUAAUUUUACAUCAAAAAGAACUUUCGAUUACUUUCCGAAGAAAUAUCCGGAAUAUGCUAAUAACUGGCUUGUCGUCACAGAUAGCAGUGAGAGCCGAAACGGUGAACGUCACGGCUCAUCUUGUAGGAUGGAAUACUUAAUUAUCUUACUCAGGUUAUAACAUCACAGAAACUCUCACAAAGAGUUGCUCUGACGUUAUAAUGUAUCAUUAAUCUCUUUACCCGGUAAUUAGCAUAUCCCGGAGAUUUAACCAAGGGUCCUUUUUGAUGCAAAUUCUAUCUUUUUGCUAAAUGUGCACGUGUAUAUGCAAUGCCAGUGAAUAAUGAGGACCCCCACUUGUAAACACAAAAUCUGGGGGGAAAAUUGGCUAUAUUUGAGGCCCUAUUUAAAAGCCUUCCCUGUUUUCAAUGUUCUUCAAACUUGCAGGGAAUAUUUCUUGACGACUCAUCUCGGGAUUGUCGAAUUUAUAAAAAAAAUUCAUCGCGCAGUUUUUGGAAAAAUGCGAAAUUUUUAGGCAUGGACAAAAUUACGUCCAAAAACUUUAUAAACUUUAUCAAAAGCAGCUAAAUGCAAGUUAAUAAAAUUCUUCUUACUCGCGAUCGCCCAGAGCAAUUCCCCUCUUUUUUUGUAUGCAGUUUUCAAUGGAACCAAACCACUAUGAGAUGAAGCCUCGUUCCUAAAGCUUAUCAUUUUCUUAAAAUAUUAGCGAACUGUGUAGCUAGCAUGCUAUUUCACUGUUUCUAUUAUUCUUAAAACUACAUUUCAAAAUAUUUCGAAAACGCUCUCAUAGAAUUUGUUCAAACUUUGCCAUAAUGGAGGCAAUUAUAGCAGGUACAUACUCCCUUAAGUGUCAUUGUCUGAGAAAGUGUUCCAGGGGCCAAAAGUUGUGUUCAACCGAUUUGGCUGAAACUUGGCACAGAAGUUGGGUGUGAUGAGAUAUUUCAAAAGCCACUUUGGCUCACUUCUCUGACUUUUAGUUUUGGAGUUACAGGGGGGGGGGGGUCUCAGUUUUUGCCCUUUGAGCACCAAAAAUCCAGCCUUCAAGGGGGCAUUUUGAAAGUGUGAUAAGACUCCACUGAUAAAUUGUGCUGCCAAAUGAAUUUGACCAUAAACUCUACUAUAAUAGAGCUUUCAGUUCAUGCAUGUAACUUUGUCCUCAAGGUAUUGCACAGAGAGGACCCUGGGAAUAGAGUUUGGUCAAAAUUGAUGUUAAAAUUACAACCCAAAAUAGCCAUUUUUCAAAAUGUCACUAUAUUCACCUGCCUUCUUGCAUGACUUCCAUGCCUAUUCCACCGUUUACUUUAGUCACCCAAUUAUCAAAAUCAGUUGAGAAAAAUUUGGCUUAUAAUGGUUUAUUGAAUUUUUGGAACAAACACUUCAUGCCCCUCUAAGGCGAUGCAAAAUGGAAUUUUAAGCAUAAUUCAGGCCAUAAACAAACCAAAUUGUUGACAAGAAGCCCUACUUGUGUAUUUGGUAAGUGAAAAUGAACUGUUAAAGCCGAAUCAGUUUCGUUGUUUAGAAAUACACUGAUUCUUACCUUUAAAUUGAUCUUAAACAGGCCUCUGAUUAGCACAAAAAGACACAUGAUUUAGGAAAACAAACGUGAUUUUUUUCUUUGAAAACCUAGCAACCACCAUAGAACACAAAUGAUGAGGUUCUGACGUAGAUAUAACGAUCUUUUUACAAGAUGGUUAAAUUUUUCUUUGAUUUAUAUUCAGUUUCACGUCAUAUUUCUAAGCGUUGCUCCAAGCACGUGAAGUCUCCAUAUUUGUCAGGCCCUUUUUUUAUAUAUUUUUACGAGACAAAUUUAGCUUAUCAAAAGGUUCAUUAACAUAUAAUCUUCGUCUGACCUUGUAAUAGCCUGAAUAGUUGUUGUAAAUACCCAUCAGCAAAGGAGCAUGACCAUACAUACGUAGAUUAUACAAACAUAUACGAGAAUCAGUGAGCAGUAUCGAGGUGAACUGUGAUUUUCCGAGUCCUUUAGAGCUGAGAAAAUGAAACCAUCCAUCCACAGUUAGGACAGCUGGAUAACAAAAAGCUUUUGUUGCUUUUUUAAGGAAAAUAACCCAAACAAAGCCUUGCAUUGAGAUGAUGCAAUUGUUAUUAUAUCAAAUUAACUGCCCGCCAUUUUGGACUUGGACAGUGUGGGGACUGGGCCGAGUUCCCGUCCAAUCCUUCUCCUGUUUAGCGGGAAUUUUUUUGUGUUUUACAGCAGGUGUGUUCGAAGUUCUAGAAGGUGAUCUGUUUCAGGAUGAUUUUAAGAUAGCAUUUUAUUUCCUUGGAGGGGUGAAUGACCAGUGCGGCGUCACGUCGUGGGCUGUGCAAGAAACAGGAAUGCUUCCUUUGUUGUCUUACGACAGCGGCAUGAGCACAAGUAGAAGGGUUCAAGUAUGUCCGGGGAAGAAGAGGAAGACCUGGUGAUGCCAAAGCUACAGGUGAUUCAAAAGAUCAGGUAGGGAUCAUACACGCGCACAAAUGGCUCAUAUCGUGGUUUAUGGGACUCCUUUACUUUAAGAGAGACGAAGAUAGAUAAGUUACGAUGUUGUUGUCCCAAAAUGUUUGUUUAUGGUUGAUUGAUUCCCUUGAUAAUUUCCUGGGUCCUUACGAAGAGCACUAAACAUUCAACAAACUCAUCGCAGCAAUAUCUUUAUCAAAAGAAACAACAACACUAAUAGGAAUAACUUGAAGGCUGUUUUUUUGCCAGCUCAAGCUGUUUAUUUAGAUUCAGCUUGUCACGUGGACACGCCUAUAAAGCAAUGCUAAGUUUGGCAAUGCACAAUUUCGAGCCGGCUUGCAUUGAAACUCCACUGGUCUCCUUUAUUUGCCUGUUGUGUCGAAGACAAGUGAACUUAAAAUAGACCUAGCUACAUAAUUCCGCAGGAAUUGUUUUGGGAAUCUUAGACACCAAAAAGAAUUUUAGAAAAUGUCAAGAACAUUAGAAAAAAAAUUGUAGAAUCCUAGAACUUGAAUAGCAGUAUAUAUAGGAGCAUACUGAAUAGCAGUUUGAACAGUCAACCGAAUUUUGGCAACAUUUCACAGGCAAAAACGCUAAAAAAAACGUUCUUAUUUUUCUAUAUUUUUUCAUCAAAUUUUUAAUUCAAUAGUUAACAUUAUUUUAAAUAAUUUUUUAAUUAGAUAAUGAAACAAUUUUUUCUACAAAUAUACACGAAUCUUCCGUGCUCUUCCAGAACAAUUCAGAGUCAGUUCCCAUUCAAGUACAACAUAUGUGUGUUCAUUGCCUAUGCUUUAUUCCAAGCAAAUCCAAUAAUAUCGACUAAUUCGGUAGAUUUUGCGAUGGCGUUUUAAUGACAGUUUCUCGCUGGAAAUGUCAAUUUCAUCGACAAAUUUAGAUGCAGCAUGUUUUCAAAGAUCUUCGACAAAAAGGGUAAAUAAUGGAAACCAGUAACUGGAUUGUGCACUGUAUGAUAAGCAAGUGCACGUGACAAGCUGAAUGUAAACAAGCAGCUCGAGUAGACAAAAUUAACAGCCUUCAAGUUAUUCUUAUCGUACUUGUCUUUUUUUUUUUUUACAAAUUUGUUGAAUGUUUAGCGCACUUCCUAAGGACCCAGGAAAUUAACAUGGGAAUCAAUCAACCAUAAACAAACAAUUUGAGACGACAAUAUUGUAAAUUAUAUAUCAUCGUCUUUCUUCAAGCAAAAGAGUCCCAUAAACCGCGAUAAGAGCAAUUUGUGCGCAUGUAUGAUCCCUAACUGAUCUUUUGAAUCACUUGUAGCAUUGGCAUCACCAGGUCUUCCCCUUCUUCUCCGGACACACUUGAACCCUUCUACUUGUGCUUUAACCACGCAGUCAUGCCGCUAUUGCAAGACAACAAAGGAAGCAUUCCUGUUUCUUGCACAGCCCACGACGUGACAUUGCACCGGUCAUUUACCCCUGCAAAGGAAUAAAGUGCCAUCGAAAAAUUUUACUGAAACAGAUCGCUUUCUAGAAUUUCGUACACACUAGGACCCAGUUGUUGAAAGGCGGUUUAGCGCUUAACCCUGGUUUAAAAAUAACCCGUGUUUGUUUUUCUUGUGUUCAAAAGCAUUUUCUCGGAUAAUAUUCUCCGCUAUUUUUAGAGCUUCCAAUCAUCAACUUGUAGACAAAAAGAAUUAUAACCGAAAUGCUUUUUAAGCUUUCAAAUCUGAAUUCAAAUCUCGCACUAACCCUGGGUUAUCUUAACCCUGCUUUGAACAACUCGGCACUGAUGAAAAACACAACAAAUUCUCGCGAAAAGGAGAAGGAUUGGACGGGAACUCGGUCCAGUCCCCACACUCUCCAAGUCCAAAAUGGCGGGCCAGCAGACUUAAUGUAAUGACAAUUGCAUCAUCUCAAUGCAAGGCUUUGUUUGAGUUGUUUUCUUUAUAAAAGCAAAACAAGCUUUUUGUUAUCCAGCUCUCCUAACUGUGGAUGGAUGGUUUCAUUUUUUCAUCUCUAAAGAAAAUGACAGUUCACCUCGAUACUGCUCACUGAAGCUCGUAUAUGUUUGUACAAUCUACGUAUGUAUGGUCAUACUCCUUUGCUGAUAGGUAUUUACAAUAACUAUUCGGGCUACUACAAGGUCAGACGAAGAAUAUAAUGUUAGCAAACCUUUUGAUAAGCUAAAUUUAUCUGGUAAAAAUAUUUAAAAAAUGGGCCUGGCAAAGUAUCGAGACUUAACGUGCUUGGAGUAAUGCUUAGAAAUAUGACGUGAAACCACAGGUGGCCCAAGCAUAAUAUGGGCGUCCUGUGGCAUAAUAUGAGAGUUUGUAUGGGAAAAAUAGAUUUUGAAACUUAGAUGAAAUAAAUGAAGUAAAAGCGAUAAAAGUUAUCAAUGAAGCGUAAAUAUUGUUACCUGGAGCCGUUGUCUUUGUUUUUACGAAGUUUCAGCGCGAUUUGAGUACUUUUACACACUGUCAGGUCAGAUGAUGUAAAAGUACUCAAAUCGCGCUGAAACUUCGUAAAAACAAAGACAACGAUUCCAGGUAACUAUAUUUACACUUUAUUGAUGACUUUUAACGCUUUUACUUCAUUUAUUUCAUCUAACUCCCAUUAUAUGCCACAGGCGGCCCAUAUUACGCUUGGGCGACCUGUGGUGAAACUGAAUAUAAAUUAAAGAAAAAUUUAGGCAUCUUGUAAAAAGAUCGUUAUAUCUACGUCAGAACAUUAUCAUUUGUGUUUUAUGGUGGUUACCAGGUUUUCAAAGAAUAAAAUCACCUUUGUUUUGCUAAAUCAUGUGUUAUUUGUGCUAAUCAGAGGCUCGUUUUACACCAAUUUAAAGGUAAGAAUCGGUGUAUUUCUAAACAACGAAACUGAUUCGGCUUUGACAAUUCAUUUUCGCUUACCAAAUACAGAAUAAGGGCUUCUUGUCAACAAUUUGGUUUGUUUAUGACCUGAAUUAUGCUCAAAAUUCCAUUUUGCAUCGCCUUAGAGGGGCAUGAAGUGUUUGUUCCAAAAAUUCAAUAAACCAUAAUAAGCCAAAUUUUUCUCAACUGAUUUUGAUAAUUGGGUGACUAAAGUAAACAGUGUAUAGGUAUAGAAGUUAUGCAAGAAGGCAGGUGAAUAUAGUGAAAUUUUGAAAAAUGGCUAUUUUGGGUUGUAAUUUUAACAUCAAUUUUGACCAAACUCUAGCCCCAGUCUCAAAGUUACAUGCAUGAACUGAAAGCUCUAUUAUAGUAGAGUUCAUGGUCAAAUUCAUUUGGCAGCACAAUUUACCAGUGGGGUCUUAUCACACUUUCAAAAUGCCCCCUGGAAGGCUGGAUUUUUGGUGCUCAAAGGGCAAAAAAUGAGACCCCCCCCCACUGUAACUCCAAAACUAAAAGUCAGAGAAGUGAGCCAAAGUGGCUUUUGAAAUAUCUCAUCACACCCAACUUCUGUGCCAAGUUUCAGCCAAAUCGGUUGAACACAACUUUUGGCCCCUGGAACACUUUCUCAGACAAUGACACUUAAGCGAUUUCUUCAAAAAACUCCUGGAAGAGAGAAACACAAAGAUAAAUGAAAAACGUAAUGGCGUCAUUAUGUUGCCAUGGUGACUCCGAUUGCAAUAAAACCCAGAUCAUAAGAAAUUUUCAUCUUUAUAUAAUACAGUUGUGGUAACCUUUUUUUCCAUAUCUUUACUUAUGCCGACGUAGUUAAUGCUCAAAGUUGGGAGGUAUCAACCCCAAAAAAUCCAGUCGAGCCACCUUAACUUUCGCGAAUCUUCUGUUUACGGCUACAUGUUCACGCAUGUAUUCCCCCAUUAAUCAAACCAAUCGUUUUUACUUCUGUUGAGAUCACUUCUUGUGUAUAUACCAAAACAAUUACUCACCUUGGGCUCAGUUCAUAUUGUUGAAUAUCGAUCAGCUGGGGUAUUGAUUUACGUGUAAUGUUUUCUUUGUAAUCCUUAGUUGGAGUUUUGGUAUUGUCCUGUAUGAAAUUUUCACUAUUGGUAAGUUUAUUCAGAGUAUCCAGUCUAGCGCGUACUUGACUAAGUUUUUUAUUCUUGACUUUUACAACAAAACUGUGGAACAGGUCAUUGUAAGUUUGAAAUUUUAGUGUGAGGUACAAUUAUUUAUGUAAACUGCGGAAGUUGUCUAACGUGAUAGAUCGAAACUGCAGGUGGAUCCCCGUACCCAGGAAUAAACGGGCGCGACAUUCCAAACAAGCUUCAGAAGGGAUACAGAAUGCCCAAACCGAAACAUGUUGAAAAAAAGCUGUAA